AGAUCCAGUCAAUUAUUUGCCCACUUCCAUAAUUUUUUGACAGAUCACUGCAUCGAAUGUGGAGUUGUGGAAUGCGUCCACGUACGCGCGUACUUACAACGGUGGGAGCUCAACGAAGUUUGAGAUUCUUCAGCUGAGACCUGAGGUUGCAGAUUUCAGUGGGGUGUGGAGUGGAGUGUGGAGUGUGCUACAGGGGAAAUAAGAUGAAGGAACAUCGAACUUCGUCCAAGUUAGGCGUCAGCCCAGUCGAAGACGAGCACGAAGUGGCUAGAGCUAUCGCCGCCGGUGGUAGUGGCGGACUGAGGAAGAAAGGAGCUGUAGGGGUUCGAGCUUGGCUUCUCCUAGAUGCUACUGGGCUAGCCCAGGUGGUGGAAGCUGGGAAGCACUCUAUCAUGCGCCGGACGGGCCUCCCAGCCCGAGACCUCCGCAUCCUGGAUCCUCUCCUCUCUUAUCCAUCCACCGUUCUCGGCCGAGAGAAAGCCAUCGUCAUCAACCUGGAGCACAUAAAGGCCAUCAUCACCGCCCAAGAAGUUCUGCUCCUCAAUUCCAGAGAUCCCUCUGUCACACCCUUCGUCGAUGAGCUCCAGCGCCGUCUCUUACGUUUCCACCACGCCACUUCCACGCAGGAAGGUAGGGUCAGCGGUGACGAUGCAGACUGGCCCAAUCUGUAUGAUUCUGAGGAGCGGCGCCUGAGCAGUGUGAGCCCACCAAAUUGUUCUGUGAGAUUUCCACCACUUCAGGAGGCAGAUGAGGGAGAUAAGGCGAAGGAUAAACAAAGCUUCGAUAACAGGGACGGGCCGAGGGUUCUCCCCUUUGAGUUUGUCGCAUUGGAAGCUUGUCUAGAGGCUGCUUGCAGUUGCUUGGAUAACGAAGCAAGGACACUGGAGCAAGAAGCGCACCCGGCCUUAGAUAAACUGACUUCAAAAAUUAGUACUCUUAAUUUGGAACGUGUCCGCCAAAUCAAAAGCCGCUUAGUUGCAAUAACUGGACGUGUUCAAAAGGUCAGGGAUGAACUAGAACACUUGCUGGAUGAUGAUGAAGAUAUGGCUGAGAUGUAUCUUACGGACAAGAUGAUGCAGCCCCACCUUGAUGGAUCGUCUACUCUUUCCUUUAUAAAUGAGAGAGAUGGCAUGGAUGAUGUUUUACAGUCAGAAAUGGAUGACAGGAUUGCAGCCGAAAUUUCAUCAGAGGCAAAUGAGGUUCCUAAUAAUUAUGUAGGUGAUAUUCAGAAUAUUGAUUGCCGGGACCAUAUGUUUGGCUUGCCUAAUGCAGUUACCAGAGAGGGUCAUGGGACCCAUACUAGCACUACACACAGCGCCAUGAGUAAGCGCAUUGAUGUUGAGGAGCUUGAAAUGCUGUUAGAGGCAUAUUUUGUGCAGAUUGAUGGUACACUGAACAAGCUAUCCACGCUGAGGGAAUACGUUGAUGACACAGAAGACUACAUAAAUAUCAUGCUCGAUGACAAACAAAACCAUCUCUUGCAGAUGGGGGUCAUGCUGACAACAGCAACCCUUGUGGUGAGUGCAUUCGUUGUUGUGGCUGGUAUAUUUGGUAUGAACAUCAAAAUUGAGUUGUUCAACAAGGAGAAGUCAGGGAUGCCAGACUUCUUGUGGACUGUUGGUGGUGGUGCUACAGGCAGCAUUUUCCUGUAUGUGAUUGCUAUUGCUUGGUGCAAGCACAAACGUUUGAUAGAGUAAGUAUUGAUUGAUUGAAGCUGUAAUAUUCUGAUCAUCUUUUGGACUGGAUACACUCUUGGAGGCAUGUUAGUAACCUGCACUAGGUGGUUCUCAAUAAAGUCUAGGUGCGUGAUUGCUCUCUUUGAGAGACGACAAAGAAAA